CUAAGUUGAUUAUAAUGUAAAUAGGUACAAAAUACAAUGCCUUUCUAAUUGUUCAAGCUUCAAGGUUAUAAAAUAAUAUAAUAGUAAAAGUAAACGAGUGAAAAUUGAAAUGUAACAGUUAUCAGCGUAAGAUCUGUACGGACGCACGUCGUUUUGAUAUCUAAGCCUAGUUACUUCAUUUAUUAGUCAAUACAGAUAAGUUAUCAGUGAAAAAAGCGAAAUAAUUGUGAUAAUAAAAAUUAUAGAAAAUCGUAUUGAAUUUUUCGAUAUGUCAUCAAUAACUGAGGAUGUUUGCGAGCUUUUGGACAGUUACAAUGGCAGAGAUAAGGUUGUCCGUCUUGCUUGUUACACAUUCAAGUUGUAUGGAUGUCUUACCGACAAUAAGCCUUGGCAGACAGCAGGCUCACGACUCUCAAAUGCCAGGAUGAUGCUACGACUGUUUGAUGACAUCCCGAUGAUCAGACACACAUAUAAUUAUGGAUUAGGAAGAAUUGAAUCAUCAAAAAUAGCAGCAACUUUAGGUGUCCUAGCUAAUGUGGUAGACCAAGCAUUCCUCCCAGUGGAAAAAGCAUGCUGGCUUUAUGACGUAGGAGUACUAAAACUGACUCCUGAAACAGCAGAGAAAUUAGAGACUAUCAGCACUAGUUUAUGGGCAGCUAGUUUAUUUAUAUCACUUUUACAAACAACUCGCGCCAUCCAGCACUUGUGUUGGAGCAGGAAUUGCCUUCAGACGUUGUCUGAAAACGGUGGAGCUGAUGCGAAACUUAAACUAGACAUCCGACUAGCCUUACAGGCUGUGGUAGCAGGGAAGCUGUGCCUGGACAUCACUCAUGCGGUCAGCUGCCUCCCAGCAGGCUGGUUGUGGGGAGAGAAGAUCGGAAGCACUAAAGUAGCCGCAAUAGCCACAACUUCCUCGGUUAUAGGCAUAGCCAUGUACUUCGCUAGGAAAAGACUGUUGAAAUAGAUUAACAAUAUAUACUAAACUGAGAUUGGUCCUGGACUUGGAGUUGACGUAUCUAGGUUGUGUUUAUAUAUGCUGUAGUGACGAUAAGCCAAAGUAUACACCGGUUGUACUGUGAGUACAUCUUUCAAACUAAAAACUAAAAUCUAUAAAAAAAUUGUAGUAAGCACUCAACUGGCCUGUUGCAUUCAUUCAGCUUGUUUAAAUGGUAACAUAAAAUAAGCUCUAUGUGCAUAAAAAUGAAGCUCUUUCUUACUCAGGCAACCAUGUAUAGAUUCUGGUAUUCAUAAAAUCAAACAACAUGGUUGAAGCCAGGUCUUUAAUUAAAAAAAAUUUAAAAAAUUAGUCUCCUUUUAAAAAAAGAUAUAUUAUAAUAAUAUUAAUGUAUCUUAUGUAAAAUUAAAAUGGUACAAAGAAAUAAAACUUUCCGAAUACCUUCUAAUAUGAAUAGAAUAAUUCUAUUUCCGUUAGCUACAAAGAGCAAAGCUUUUAUUUCAGAUCUGAUUGAUUCAGUUCUUGUUACUAAAAUAGUUUAGAUAUAGACUAUAUUUUAUAAAAAAAUAUUGUGUAAAUUUAUCUGUUAUAUUUAUAGUUCAAGCCUUUAAAAAUGUAUUUAAAUUAGAUACCUAUAUAAAACUCAAAUGAAUGUUGAAUGACUUAAAAACAGAUAUUCCAUAGAAUUCGCCCUUCAAUUUA